AUGACCAGAUCAAAAAAGAAAUCCACCCCCACAAACUCUCCAAACUCACAUGAUCAGAACAACGCAACAACCUCCACAUCUAAGCCCACGAUUCCUGAAAAGCAGCAACCCAAAUCCGAAACGACAUUUGACAUCCCGCCUAAACUCUCUACUUCCGAUAAUUCAAAUAAUGUAUACUUUAAAAUUGAAACUUUAGAUGACAAACUCCGUACAAUCAUCUUACAGCAUGAUGCUGAACAAAAGCUUCAGGAAAUCACCUGCUUGCAGAUGUAUCAAAUCUUAGUACACUUCAACCCGGCAACCAAGUCUCGCCCAUAUCAUAAGAAGGCCCUACUGACAAACAAUUUUCUAGCCAACGUACUUCCUCUCGUCCGGCCAUAUGCCUUACCCGCGCCGACUACACAGCCCAUGCAAACGAAGCAAUCGAUUGAUAAUGAUUUUGACCCUCUCAGUCGGAAAACAACUAAACAACAGCUCACAUCUGCUAUUCGCAAUGCUAAUCCCAAGUUUACAAUUGCACCUGGCUCUCGCACAGAUAGCUUGCUCAUCCUUUAUAAGGCGUUCGGGAUAAAGACGUAUCCUCUACAGCAGCUGCCGUCCUGGGGGCCCACCUGA